AUGGAGUUUCAGUUUGACCCUUUGAGUUAUUCUUCUUCAAAUGAGUCUCAAUUUUUAACAGGCUUCAAUGUGGAACUUAACUUUAAAGAUCAUUUUGCUACGACUCCAGUUUUACCAUAUGAUGAUGGUGCUACCAAUUUUGAACCAAUAAUUAACAAUUUAUAUGAUUCUAACUUAAUAGAAAGUAUGCUAAAUACAGAUAUAUUGUUUCAAUCAAAUACCGAUAACAACAAUAAUAAUAGUGACAGUAGUAAUAACAACAUUCCUGAAGAAACCAAUCAGAAUGAGGUUUACAACAAUAUCGAAGAAUCUUCUGGUACCAUAGCUCAAAAAGAUAGAGUUGAUAGUGAAGAAGGUGACUUUUCGGUUCCAACUUCUUCUUCAUUAAUUAUACAACAACAAAAUGGUAUCAAAGAAAAUGGGGAGACUGUUAAAUACGUUUCUGAGGCUGAUUUGAUUAUACAAGCAGUUGAAGAAGCUAUACAAAAAUUUGAUGCUAGACAAGCUUCGCAAAUGGCUGAAGAAGGGAUCAUAUCACAAGAAAAUCCUGCAAAGACGGUGUACAUUCUAAACUUGGUUAAUAAUAGAGGUGAAAAAGUUGAUGCCAAACAGCAGAAACCUGUCUGUUGUGUGGAUUGUCAAAGAAUGUGUCAAAGCGAAGCACACCUAGACAGGCAUACUGAUACUGUCCAUUCGGAAGAAAGACCAUGGGCUUGUCCAGAAUGUAUUAAAAGGUUUAAAAGAAAGGAUCACCUUGUAAAACAUCUAAGAAGAUUACAUCACUGGAAUUCCCAACAAGUAGACUGUCUGGAAACCCCAUUGGCUGUCCUAGAAAAGAAGAGAAAAAGAAAAGAAAAAAGAAUUGCUUCCAAAAGACUAAGAAUAAAGUCGACAUAG